GGCAAUAGGGAAGACCCCAAUCCUUCCCAACUGAGGAUUUACUCGACUGCUUGGAUUUGAACUUUUCAGUAGCCUACAGCAUUUUCUGGUUUAGUUUGGAUCUGCUUCAGGGAUAAAUGAUCACCUCAACCAGAAGAGUGUCUCCUGAUAAAUCUGAAGUUAGAAUAGCCUUCAGCCUUGAUGACACAUCAGAUAUAAAAGAUGUUGAAGAUCUUUCACAGGCCUUCCCUGACCUUGAACAACGUUUACAGCCUGUGCCACCUUGCAUGUCCCUCAGAGAGAGUGUGCAGGUGUACAAAGAGCACUGCAGGAUGGCUAGAGAAUUCCAUCAUGUAAAACACGAGAUCUCUGUCCUCGAGGAACGCAAGCGAAAGUUGCUGGCAGAGUUGGUGGAAGAUGAGAAGGUAGCUGUAGAGAUCGCCCGUCUCGAGGAGGAGUUUCAGCGCUUAACAGAGGAGAACCAGACGUUGGUGACCCUCCACAGUGAGCGCAGGCAGCAGCUGGAGAGGCUUUGCCUCACCAAUCGAACAAGGCAAGACUCCUCUUGACCUCCGACUCCCUAGAAACUGAGUCUACCAGACUUUCAGCUGACAUCAGAUCAGCGACCAGCAGACUGUUUUCUUGUGCAGUCUUUGAAUUGUCUAAUUACACUGACAGGACCUGUUUCUGUGGAUGAUCUGAGUCAUGUAUGUGAACCUCAGAUGUAGAAGUUGAGAAGUUGUUAGAGUGAUUCUAAUCAGCAAUGAUAGAUUUUUAGGGUGCUGUUUUGCUGUUGUUUUUUAUGUGCUGAGCCAUAAUGGUCAUAAUAACAGAACAAUGCAUUGCAAAAGUAUUUAUAUCAUGUGAACUUUUUUACAUUUAGUCACAUUAUAAUUACAAAAUUCAAUGUAUUUUAUUUAAACUUUAAGUGAUAGACCAACCUAUUAGAAUUGCACUCAACCUAAUUCACUUUCAUAGCCCUAAACAACAUACAGUUGGCUUCAUGUCUCACCUAAUCAGUAAAUCAUAGUCAAUCUGUGUAAUGUGCUUUUUUAUUCCGUAUCUCUGAAUCAAUAUUUUUUUAAAAAUUUUUUUGGUGCAAUUAAAAUUGUAAGUCAUUUGGGUCUCUUUGGAGAUGUGGAGUGUAUUUUCCAAUCAAAAUAGUUCCUAUUGGAUCCCCCCUGGAUUCAGAUCUGCACUUUGACUAAGACCUUCUAAAAAUAACCAUCCUUCUAGCUAUACAUUUCUCUUUUUGCUUAGAUUGUAUGCUUAAGUUUUUUGCAGCAUCUAGUAUGAUUUUUAUUUUUUGCUGUUUAGAAUUCCAAAGAAAACCCAUACAAAAGGAAGACUCUGCCAACACUGUUUCACAGUGGACAGUGGACAUGGUGUGUUGAGGUUGAUUUGUUUCUUAACCAUACAGUGUACAUACAAUGUAUGCUGAAAGGUUAUAUUACAAUCUCAUGUCACAAAAACAGUGUCUUAUAUAAGUUUACUGUCCCUCCAAAUGACCUUUGAAACUUCAAUGGUUCUCUAAAAACAAUAGUUUUCUUUCCACCAUUCUAUAAGAAAUCAAUUUGUGCAAUGUACCACUUUUUUUUUUCCAACAAACUCUCCCAUUUUAUCUGUUUAUCUCUGGAGCUCAUCCAAAGUUACCAUGGACCUCUUAGCUGCUUCUCUCAGUACUUAUUCUGCCCAUCAUGUAGUGGGUUUGAAGUCUUGGUUGAACAGCUUUAAGAUAAUCAAAUACACUGGAUUUUUUGAAGGUAUUAGAAUAAAAGGAGCAAAGUAUAAAAAGUCAUACUUUUAAUUUUUUGAUUUCUAAAAACAAUGUUCAAACUGUGCAUCAGUUUCCUUACUUUUCAUAACUAUGAGCUGCUUGGAGUUGGUCAGUCACAUAAAAUCCCAGUAAAAUAUAUUGAAUUUUGUUACAGUAACAUGACAAAUGUAAAAAAAACCCAACAAAAACACAUAAAACAUUAUGAGUUAAAACUACUUAUGCAGAUUGAAUGACUGUGACCUGAUGUAAAGCAAAUUCAGGUCUUGUGGAAAGUCAGAUGCUUCAGCAAAGGGAGCAAAAUGGACCAUUUUGGCUAUGGUCCAAAAUGUUAUCACAAAUUUAAGUGUUAAAAACUCUGUGAGGGAAAUUAAAUUACCGAACUCUUUGGAAGUAAUUCCAAGAAUGAAAAAUAAUCUAUUAGUAGUAUCUGCUGUCAGAAUUGUAAAUUACCAUUUACAUUUUGUGAUCAGUGAUGUAAGUGGAAUAGUGUAAUCCUGUAAAUAGGAAAGUAAGCAACAUUAACUGCUGUUUUCUUCCUCUGAUAAUAAAAAGAUAUUUUAUUGUAACAACAGCA